CCAUUCUUCUUCCCAUGUGCUCCACUUCGUCCUCCUCCUCCCAGAUGUUUGGUCUGCGAGCCUUGCACGGAGCUUCAACCGGAGCCCCCAGUCCGCAAGCGGCGCAACUCCACCACUCUCAGCCAGCAUCUCCUCCCUUCAUGAGAUAAUCUUCGAGCAAAGAAGAAAAAAAGGGCUAAAAUUGAACUCAAGAUAUUGGAUCAUUCAUUGGAGACCAUUUCGAUGGAGAAGUGAAAGAAGAGAUAAACGACUGGAGAAUGUUCAAGGACAACAUACUCACUAAGGUUUGGGAGUCCAACGUCCGCUGCACCCAGCAGCAGCCGCAGCAGCAAACCGCUCGCCGUCGCCGCCUCUUCUCCUCCAUGUCGGUCGCCAACGCUGACGACGUCGACUUACCCGCCGCGACCCCCAAGUCCUGCGGCGACCUCCCUCCCGUUGCCGCCACCCCGGCGGACCCCCUGCCCGUGGACAACCCGGAGGGGGCCUACCACGCCGAGCGCCUGCUCGGCAACGGCGACUUCUACACCGGGGAGUGGAGCGGCAAUGUGCCGCAUGGCACCGGCAAGUACCUGUGGACCGACGGAUGCAUGUACGAGGGCGAAUGGCGCCACGGCAAGACCAUGGGGAAAGGCAAGUUUUCGUGGCCGUCUGGUGCCACCUACGAAGGGGAGUUCAAGUCUGGUUUCAUGGACGGGUACGGCACCUACACCAGCUCCCUCGGAGACACCUACCGCGGCACCUGGUCCAUGAACCUCAAGCAUGGACACGGGGUGAAGUCCUACGCCAAUGGCGACUACUAUGAUGGGGAGUGGCGCUCCGAUAACCAAGAUGGGCAUGGAAGGUACGUGUGGAAGAAUGGGAACGAGUAUGUCGGGCAGUGGCGGGCCGGCGUCAUUGACGGCCGCGGCACCCUGGUCUGGGCAAACGGUAAUCGGUACGAUGGCGGGUGGGAGGACGGGCUCCCAAAGGGGAAUGGCAAUUUCCGUUGGGCUGACGGAGGGCUUUACAUUGGGUAUUGGAGCAAGGAGAACGGGAGCCUCCAGCAGAAAGGUGUCUACUACUCGUCGCCGACUGCUUCGUCCCCCACUUCCCGGGAUCCCUAUGGGGUCUUCUUGGCGGACCUUGGAGAUUGCAAGGUCUCCCAGGGUGAGAACGUAUCCAUUCUCCCUUCGCAGAAGACACUAAAUUGGUCGGGCAUUGAGGCAGACUUCAUGCAGAAGCAGGCAGCCUGGAAAUCUACCAAGUCACCAGAUGCUCAACGGAGGAGGCGAGCAUCAGUAGAGAUGCUCCCGACAGGGGGUACAACAAUAAAGCAUAAUGGCCAUUCCAGUACAAUCAGCGGUAUUGGGAGCACCAGCGGAUUCUGGGACUCUUCUGAGUUUCUCAGUUGUGAUGCUGAGAAUGGUGAGGUAGGGGGAGCGAACAAGGGUGUCGAUGACCUUGUAGGCGAGCUUCAUUUAGAUGAGGCAGAGUCGAGAGGGGCAGGGAGGAUUCAUCAACCGAUAAGGUCGCCGCUCAGGGAGGUAAAGAAGCAAGGGGAGCCUAUCUCAAAGGGGCAUAAAAAUUAUGACCUUAUGCUGAAUCUGCAGCUUGGUAUCAGGCAAGCAGUAGGAAAGCAACCUGAACCCAAAUCACUUGACCUGAAAGCAUCAGCCUUUGACCCAAAAGAAAAGAUAUGGACAAGGUUUCCUCCUGAAGGAACAAAACAAACACCCCCACACCAGUCUUGUGACUUUAAGUGGAAGGAUUACUGCCCACUAGUUUUCAGAACUCUCCGCAAGCUCUUCAAGGUUGAUCCAGCUGAUUAUAUGAUAUCAAUCUGCGGAAAUGAUGCCCUUCGGGAACUUUCAUCUCCUGGAAAAAGUGGAAGCUUCUUUUACCUAACAAAUGAUGAUCGAUACAUGAUAAAAACAAUGAAGAAAUCUGAAGUAAAGGUGCUUCUGAGGAUGCUUCCAGCCUACUAUAACCAUGUCCGAGCUUUUGAGAAUACUCUAGUUACCAAAUUUUUUGGUCUGCACUGUGUGAAAUUAACUGGGGCUACUCAGAGAAAGGUUCGUUUUGUCAUAAUGGGCAAUCUCUUCUGUUCUGAGUAUCCAAUCCAUAGGCGUUUUGACCUUAAAGGUUCUUCUCAUGGUCGUACGACGGAUAAACCUGAGGCAGAGAUUGAUGAGAACACUACUCUGAAGGACCUUGAUCUCAAUUUUAUAUUCCGAUUGCAGAAGUCUUGGUUUCAGGAAUUUCACAGGCAAGUUGAUCGAGACUGUGAGUUUCUAGAGCAGGAAAGGAUAAUGGAUUACAGUCUUUUGGUGGGAGUCCAUUUUAGAGAAGCAUCAGCCUCCCGUGAAACUGAUGAUUCCUGUGAUGUUAAUAAUACAAAUGAAGCAACACCCCGCCUUUCAAGAGCAGAUAUGGAUCAGUUUCUUUGUGAUCCAACACGGUGGGCCUCAAUAAAAUUAGGUGUGAAUAUGCCAGCUAGGGUUGAACUAAUAGUGCGAAGGAAUGAGGGUGACCCUUUGCUUAUUAUCGAACCAACAGGAGAAUUCUGCGAUGUAAUUUUGUAUUUCGGCAUCAUAGAUAUUCUCCAGGACUAUGACAUCAGCAAAAAGCUUGAACAUGCAUACAAGUCCAUCCAGUAUGACCCAACCUCGAUAUCAGCUGUUGAUCCGAAGCAGUAUUCAAAACGUUUCCGCGACUUCAUUUACAAAGUUUUUGAAGAAGAAACCUAAUUAUAUGUAGGUUGAUAAGUUCUGCCACCACACAACAUUCAGCCUCUAAUCUGUAUGCCUGCAUCACAACAUGUGUACAUAUCAUAUCUUAACAAAAAUAAAACAUGAUUGAUGCAUCACUUCCAGCUUACUCACUGGAGGUUCACUGGGAGAUUCAGGCACCAUUUGGCUUAUGACUCAAUGAUUUUUCAUGCUUUUUAAUCAUCAAUAGGUCUAUAAUGUUGAAACUGCUUAGUGAUUCUUUAUUUAUUUCCCUUGUAGAUCAAAAGGUUGUAAUGAGGGCCACUAAAGUUGUACUUG